AUGCCCUUCCGGACGCCCUUCCAGGGGUGCGCGGUCCGGUUCAGCCCGUUCAGCGAGGCGCGCCUGGCGGUGUGCACGGCGCAGUACUUCGGCAUCGUGGGCAACGGGCGGCUGCACGUCAUCGAUGCGCUGCCCGACACGGGGGCGGAGCGGUUCGCGCCGGUCGCGGCCUUCGACACCGCUGAGGCGCUGUUUGAUGCCGCGUGGAGCGAAGCGCACGAGAACAUCAUCGCCACGGCCGGUGGAGACGGCAGCAUUCGCGUCUGGGACGUCACCGCGCCCCCCGGGCAGGCGUGCGUGCGGCAGUUGCACGAGCACGCCCGGGAGUGCCAGUGCGUCAAGUGGAACAUCCUCCGACGCGAGCUCAUCAUCAGCUCGAGCUGGGACGACACCGCGCGCGUGUGGGAGCCCGAGACCGGGGCGUGCGUCAGGGUGCUGGCCGGCCACACGUACUGCGUGUAUGCCGCCCAGUGGAACCCGCGGCAACCCGACGUGGCGCUGACCGUCUCGGGGGACUGCACGGCGCGCAUCUGGGACCUCCGGCAGCCGCAGGCCACGCUGACCGUCCCCGCGGCCCAGCAGGAGAUCCUGUCGGGCGACUGGUGCAAGUACAACGACUGCAUCUUCGCCACCGGGUCCGUGGACAAGGCGGUGAACGUGUGGGACGUGCGGUUGCCUGCGCAGCCCCUGGUGACGCUGCUCGGGCACGGAAUGGGCGUUCGGAGCGUGGUGUUCUCGCCGUGGUCGGAGAACGAGAUCCUGUCGGGCGGGUACGACAUGGCGGUGAUCCUGUGGGACGUGGGCCGGCCACAGGCCCCGCUGGUGCGGCGCUGGACGCACCACUCCGAGUUCGUCACGGGCGUGGAGAUCAGCACGCUCGUGCGGGGCCUCGCCGCGAGCACCGGCUGGGACGACCUGACGCACUGCUGGCGCCUCGACGGCCCAGGCCCGCCGCCGGUCGGACCCGGGGCGGGCCCUGGGCCACCGGGCGCUGUUCCGCCCCCAGGCGCCGUUCCGCCGCCCCCCGGGAUGCACAUGCCGCUCGGACGAUGA